AUGGCAGGUCCAAGACACCCAGUUUCAGCACGUGCCGUAGGCCUGGUGCAGAUGGAACGACACCAGACAUUUGCCUUCUCGGUGCGCUGGUCAGACAACAGUGACUCCUCUGUUCGCAGGAGCUGGGAUGAGUUUGGGUGGCUCCAGAAGAUCCUUAAGAAAACCUUCCCAGUGGAGGCGGGCCUGCUCCACAGAUCUGAACGGAUUCUUCCCAAGCUUCCUGAUGCUCCACUGCUGACGCGUCGGGGGCAUACUGGCCGAGGCCUGGUACGAUUGCGGCUGCUGGACACCUAUGUACAGGCACUGCUGGCAAGCUCAGAGCAUGUAUUGAGGAGCUCAGCACUCAAUGACUUCUUUGCACCCAAACCUCUCGAUCUGGAGCCCAGGCUGCCUCCUGGCAGCCUGGUGAUCCUGCCCACACCAGAGGAGCCCUUAUCCCAACCUGCAAGCAGUCUUGCCAUUAAUAGACUGGAGGCUCAGAGCAUGCGCUGUUUACAGCCUUUUUAUACCCGGGACACAAGAGACAGACCUUUCUACACACAGGCUCAAGAAAUUCUGGACGUAUUACUACGACAUCCUUCAGGUUGGUGGCUGGUGGAGAACAAGGAUCAGCAGACAGCCUGGUUUCCAGCUCCCUACCUGGAGGAGGUAGCUCCAGGCCAGGGCCAGGAGUCAGGCCUGGCUUUGCAAGGCAGUGGGACGCAGUUCUGUGCUACCCAGGCCUAUGAGGGCACUCGUACUGAUGAGCUAUCAGUACCUGCAGGGGCACGGGUGUGUGUGCUGGAAACCUCCGACCGCGGCUGGUGGCUGUGCAGGUACAAUGGCAGGGCAGGCCUGUUCCCUGCGGUGCUGCUGCAGCCUGAAGGGCUGGGCUCCCUCCUGGGCAGGCCAGGGUUCCCAGACAGUGGGAGGGGAGACAAGGUGGCCAAGGACAGGACGGCUCCCCCUGGAGUACCGACUCGCCCCUGUAUGAGUACCAUCCAGAGCCGAUGCUGCACCAUCACCCGCAUGGCACUGGGACAGGAAAAGAGACCCAGGGUCCCCUUUGAGGAUUUGUGUAGCCCUGCAGAGAGAUUUAUUGUCGAUCCCAACCACAGGCAAAGUAGGGAUCUGGACCUGCCAAGGGAACAGGAUAGGGUGGGGCUGGAUGGCUGA